AUGAUUUCUGAAUCUCCAGAGAUUGAAGCUAUUCGAGGCGUUAUCAAGCAGAUGACCGAGAUGAUAGAUCCGGACGAUGAUUUCAUGACUAUCGCCACUGCGGAAGACAAGUUGAGGGUGUCGGAAGCCAACCGUCAAAAGGAAAUACAGGAUGCACAUUCACAUUUGAAGACUCUUGCCAGAAUCUUAGAGGCCGCUCGAACUUCUUCAACCCGUGCAAAAAGCGUCCCCACUGCAGAAGCUCACGUUGCUGCAAUUAAUGAACUUGACCGGUCUCUUCUAUCGCUCAAGAAAUCCAUAAGUGAUGCUGAAGAGCAAGUGGCGAGUCGGGAAGCUGAAUUAGCCGCAUUAAAAGAGGAAGCACGAAGAUUAGAGGAAUAUGAUCCCGCACUGGAACACGAGAAGGAAUUGGAUGGUACCGCCCUUCGAUUGACGAUGUACAAGGGUCUAGGGUUUGAACCGUUGAUGGAGAAAGACGGUACCAUCAAGAGAAUACUCAUACGUUCUCAAUCCGGCGAUAUACACUCGUUCCACUUGGAUGAAGGAAUGUCAGACGAGGAUACUACCAGAAGGUUAUGGAAACUAGCGGCAUCAUAA